UCAAAUACUUUUCGAAGCAGAUUUUUUUGCCUUUGAUACUUGUUUGCUGAAAAAAACCCACAAAGGAAAAAUAUGUUUAAAAAAUGCCAUUUUUAUAAAACUUGACUCUAUAUAUAGGAGAGUGAUAUAUUAAUAUAGCAGAUAGUUGAAAGUCGGUUCUUCGUUUCCUUUUACAUUACAAUAAAAUUAUACAUCUGCCAGGGGGAUUUAUAGGAAGUGACAGAUUUUUUUUUUUUUUUCUGUUUUUGGUUUGUGGGCAUCUAUUAUUUUAAGAUUUUAUUUGGAUUCUGGCUUAUUAUUGGGAUAAUUCUGAUCUUUUUGUUGAAGUUUGCAAAUAGAAAAAAUGGCGAUGGGGAAGAAAUUUGAGUCAAUUGUGAACAGAGCAAAUGAAGGGUAUGGAAUGGGACUGGUGAGGAGUACAUCAUUUGGAAGGAAAAGGGUUGCUUUGUCGCAUUUUAAUUUGGAGUUUGAUGGUCAUGAUGAUUGUAUUCUCACCACACCUGCAAAGAGACAGUGUUAUGAAGAUUCAUUUUUCUGUUCAGACAAGUCUAUUCUUGAAGCCCUGCCACAGGAUGUUCUGAUUAGGAUAUUGUGUGGUGUGGAGCAUGAUGAUUUGAAGAGACUUGUUUUUGUAUCAAAAACACUAAGAGAUGCGACUUUGAUUGCAAAGCAGUGGCAUUUUGCAUAUAGUACUCCAAGAAAGACUAUCGGGUUCCAAAAUGUGGGCAAUUUGUGCGAGUUCAAUGAAGUUGAAGCUCCCAAUGCUCCAAAGCAGUUGAGGGUUCCAAGGUCUCGAUUGAGUGCAAAGAAGCUAGCCGACAUCUCAGUGACCUUGUUCUCAUCUGGUAGCGAAGAUAAUUGGGCACGGAAAGAUUUAUUAAUGGCAAUGGAAACAGAGAUAUGAAAUUGAGGUUUUGUAUAGUUUUGGAAUUGUUUGUACAUGUAGAAACAAAUAGCUUUCAGGCCUGUUUUCUUCAACUAUUCUAUUGAAGAUGGUUUGGCUUGUCUUAAAUUGUUUGUGAACAUGUAUGUAGAUGGAAGUCUUGAAGCACCGUGCUGGUGCUUCUGUUUUGAUGAAGAUCUUUGGGUGUUGUAUAUAAGACAUACUCAUUUUGAUUUAUUUGAAUGAAUCUAAUUAAAUGUAUUCCCUUUUACA